CAGAAGAAGGUUAUAAAGCUCUGGCUUCAGCUCUGAGAUCAAACCCUUCACACCUGAUAGAGCUGGAUCUCACAGGAAAUGAUCCUGGACAAUCAGGAGUGAAGCAGCUCAGUGAUUUACUACAGGUUAAAAACCAUAAACUAAAACUGAGGUUUUUGGGUCCUACUGCAGAUGAAGCCUGUCAGUAUGUGAAAGGAAUUGUGGGUAAAAACCCAUUACUCCUGAGAGAACUGAAUCUGAGUGAAAAUAAGCUGCGAGUGAAUCAGAUCACUGCUCUACUGCAGGAUAAACACUGUAAACUCAACACACUGAUGUUGAAGAAUAGCAGUAUUACAGAAGAAGGUUGUGCUGCUCUGAUUUCAGCGUUUGAUUCAAAUCCUUCAAACCUGAUCGAGCUGGAUCUGAGUGGAAAUAAACUAGAAAACUCAGGAAUAGAGAAGAUCUGUCUUCUGUUGAAAAAUCCUCAAUGCAAAUUCAUGAAACUGAAACUCUCAGACUGCAGUAUCACAGAAGAAGGUUAUAAAGCUCUGGCUUCAGCUCUGAGAUCAAACCCUUCACACCUGAUAGAGCUGGAUCUCACAGGAAAUGAUCCUGGACAAUCAGGAGUGAAGCAGCUCAGUGAUUUACUACAGGUUAAAAACCAUAAACUAAAACUGAGGUUUUUGGGUCCUACUGCAGAUGAAGCCUGUCAGUAUGUGAAAGGAAUUGUGGGUAAAAACCCAUUACUCCUGAGAAAACUGAAUCUGAGUGAAAAUAAGCUGCGAGUGAAUCAGAUCACUGCUCUACUGCAGGAUAAACACUGUAAACUCAACACACUGAUUCUGAAUAACAGCGAUAUCACAGAAGAAGAUUGUCGUGAUCUGACUGAAGCUUUAAAUUCAAACCCUUCAAAUCUGACAGAACUGAAUCUGAGUCAAACUAAACUCAGAAACUCAGGAAUGAAGAUCUUCUCAAGUCUGUUUAAGAAUGAACAGUGUCGACUGAAAAAACUGAAGUUUAGUUCUGUCUGUAUUACUGAAGAAGGUUGUUCUGUUCUGGUAUCAGCAUUCAAUUCAAAUCCUUCAAACCUGAUCGAGCUGGAUCUGAGUGGAAAUAAACUCGGAGACUCUGGAGUGACUCAAAUCUCCAGUCUAAUGAGAAAUGUACAGUGUUCACUGCAGAUACUCAGACUCUCAGACUGCAGUAUCACUGAAGAAGGUUAUAAAGCUCUGGCUUCAGCUCUGAGAUCAAACCCUUCACACCUGAUAGAGCUGGAUCUCAGAGGAAAUGAUCCUGGACAAUCAGGAGUGAAGGAGCUCAGUGAUUUACUACAGGAUAAACAGUGUUCAUUAAAGACCGUCAG